AAGCUCUCACAGCCAAUGAGUGAUGGGUCUGAGAUUCUGCCCAGUCGGCCUCCGAACACAAACACUUUCUAAAAAAUUCUUGAAUUUGUAUUUUAUGUAUGUGAGUGUUUGCCUGCAUGUAUGUAUGUCUGUGCACCCUGUGUAUGCCUGGUGCCCUCGGGCCAGAAGAGGGCUUUGGAUCCCCUGGAACUAGAGUUACAAAUGGUUGUGAGCUGCCCUGUGAGUGCAGGGAUCAAGACCCGGGUCCUUUGCAGGAGCAGCCAAUGCUCUUAACUGCUGAACUGUCUCUCCGGCCGCAAAAUACCGUGCUUGUAAUGUUGAAUCAAAUGGUAUCCCUUGGUGUCCCAAGAACACCUGAUCCCUCCCUGAUCUCUGAACACAACAACAGUGUUAUCAAAUGAGUGGUGUGCUACCUUUCUAUGGUGUUCGAGCUCUGCAGUUCUGCCCGGAAGCUCCCUGCAGGUGGAGAGCAAUGCCAGGCUUCCCAUCCCAUUGGCAUCUGCUGGUCGGAACCAGGAACCACCCCAACAUGUAGUGUUCUGCAGUUAUUCUAGUAAGCCCAGUUUCUUUUCUCUACCUCUGCAACGCUUGCAUCUAGGGGCAGUCUUAUCUGCCCCUGUCAGAAAGGUCUACGUACACAUUUAGCCACUGCAUCUGGCUCAGGCAGUCUUCUCCAGUGACUGACUCAGGUCCCCACAGGGAAGGAAGUCACCUGUCACCGUCUCACCUGCAACUGGCCCUUCUAAUAUUUUAUUUAUUUAUUUUGGAGCUGAGUAUUUAUUUUAUUUAUAUAUGUACACUGUAGCUGUCUUCAGACACCAGAAGAGGGCAUCAGAUCUCAUUACAGAUGGUUGUGAGCCACCAUGUGGUUGCUGGGAUUUGAACUCAGGACCUCGGGAAGAGCAGUCGGUGCUCUUAACCACUGAGCCAUCUCUCCAGCCCCCUCAACUGGCCCUUCUAAACUUGAGAGCUGGCAGCCCAGUGUCAGUCCAGAUUCCUACUGUCUGACAAAAGAGUGUGGCUCUAAACCGUUUAUUUGGAAGGUUUCCCGAGGACUACCUGGGAAAGUAGGGUCCAGGGCUCUGGAAGGGCAGGAAUCAGAUAAAAUGUAAAUUGUAAAGGUGUGCUAUUGUCUCUCUCUCUCUCUCUCAUGGGGGAGGGUCUUAGAUCAUGCUUUGAGGUUAUCCAGGGAGGGUUUUGGCUGGGGUCCAUAGUGGGUCACUGGGGCAGGAAGCUAAUCGCCAUCACCUCUGGCUGCAUAUGGUAGUGCUUAGGUGGACUGCUUGUGGCAGAGAUGUGGGCCAGAGGAUGUGGCUGGACCCUUAGCAGCUUCUUCUGGGUUCACCAAACCCAGCCCGGUGGUCAGCCUAGCCCUCUUUCUACAACUCCCUUUGGUCUGUGUCCAAGGCAGCCCCUUCCCCUAGGCUCCAUGGCACAGUCUACGUUCAACAGACGUAGAGAAUCUACAAGGUCCCAUUAACUGAAAGAGGAAGCUGGCAGGAUCUCUUCCUUGGUGUACGAAUAUGUGUUUACUGCAUUCCCAACACUGAGCCCCCAGAGUGCUACGUUUUCAUCUACAAAGGUUUGUGACCUGCUGGGUGGCACAUAGCCUGAACCAACAGUCCCCCUCAGAAGUGGAAAACAUGAUUAUUAUUUUGUUUGUUGAGACUGGGUCUCUCGAUGUAGCUCUAGCUGCCCUGGAGCUCACCUUCGGUGUUCUGGGAUUUUAGGCCUGUGCCACCACACCCUGCUAAGAGUCCCCUUCAACUUCCCAAGGCUGUCACAGCUGUCAUUAUUCCUUCCUUUUCUUUUGCUGCCCCUGCCUUUUCUCCAGGCCCAUGGCUACCCCGUGACAGUCAGUUAGUCACUAUAGCAGGGAGUCAAGUCUUCUGGUGUCCUUCUCUUUGUGUGCCCUUCUAAAUAAGACGCAAUUUGUGGCACGUGGUGUGUGUGGGAGUUAGUUUUGCAAAGUCGCCCCUGUUUCUUCCUGGUGAAGGAUCUGUGGAGUCUGCUCUGAGAGGGGCCAACCUCUGAUUCCACUCCUACCCCAGCCCUGCUGACCUCAUGCUGUGGGGCUCUACCUAGUGGGGAGCCUACCUAGGUAGGGAGAGAGAGUCAAAAAGAGGGAGUGGUAGGUAGGUUAUGACUCAGUCGGUGGAGUGCUUGUCCAGUGCACAUGGAACUCAGGGUUUGAUUUUCAGACCCAUGCGAAACCAAGCUUAGUGGCUCAAGUCUGUAAUCCAAGUACUUGGGAUGCGGAGGCAGAAGGUCAGAAGAUAAGGUCAUCUUCACCUCUGUAGUGAGUUUGAGGCCAGUGUGGCUGCAUGAGAUGCUGGGGAGCCGGAAUCAACCGCUGCCAUGGCGUCGCGCAUCGGGCUGCGCAUGCAGCUCAUGCGGGAGCAGGCGCAGCAGGAGGAGCAGCGAGAGCGCAUGCAGCAGCAGGCCGUCAUGCAUUACAUGCAGCAGCAGCAACAGCAGCAGCAGCAGCAGCUGGGAGGCCCUCCCACCCCAGCCAUCAACACCCCAGUUCACUUCCAGUCGCCACCACCAGUGCCUGGGGAGGUGCUGAAGGUGCAGUCCUACCUGGAGAACCCCACCUCCUACCACCUGCAGCAGUCUCAGCAUCAGAAAGUCCGAGAGUACCUGUCCGAGACCUACGGCAACAAGUUUGCUGCCCACGUCAGCCCAGCCCAAGGCUCCCCGAAGCCUCCACCAGCAGCAUCCCCUGGGGUGCGGGCUGGACAUGUACUGUCCACCUCGGCCGGCAACAGUGCCCCCAACAGUCCCAUGGCCAUGCUACACAUCAGCUCCAAUCCUGAGAAAGAGUUUGAUGAUGUCAUCGACAACAUUAUGCGCCUGGACAGCGUGCUGGGCUACAUCAACCCCGAAAUGCAGAUGCCUAACACGCUACCCCUGUCCAGCAGCCACCUGAACGUGUACAGUGGUGACCCCCAGGUCACGGCUUCCCUGGUAGGUGUCACCAGCAGUUCCUGCCCUGCCGACCUGACUCAGAAGCGAGAGCUAACAGAUGCUGAGAGCCGGGCCCUGGCCAAGGAACGGCAGAAGAAAGACAAUCACAACUUAAUUGAGAGAAGACGCAGGUUCAACAUCAAUGACAGAAUCAAGGAGCUGGGAAUGCUGAUCCCCAAGGCCAAUGACCUGGACGUGCGCUGGAACAAGGGCACCAUCCUCAAGGCCUCUGUGGAUUACAUCCGGAGGAUGCAGAAAGACCUGCAGAAGUCCCGGGAGCUGGAGAACCACUCUCGGCGCCUGGAGAUGACCAACAAGCAGCUCUGGCUUCGCAUCCAGGAGCUGGAGAUGCAGGCACGCGUGCACGGUCUUCCCACCACCUCACCGUCCGGUGUGAAUAUGGCCGAGCUGGCCCAACAGGUGGUGAAGCAAGAGCUGCCCAGUGAAGAUAACCCAGGGGAGACCCUGAUGCUGGGGUCCGAGGUCCCUGACCCUGAGCCCAUGCCGGCUCUCCCACCCCAGGCCCCGCUGCCCUCAGCCGCCCAGCCACAGUCUCCGUUCCAUCACCUGGACUUCAGCCAUGGCCUGAGCUUUGGGGGUGGGGGCGAUGAGGGGCCCGCAGGCUACCCUGAUCCCCUGGGGACAGAGCAUGGCUCCCCUUUCCCCAACCUGUCCAAGAAGGAUCUGGACUUAAUGCUCCUAGAUGACUCCUUGCUCCCCCUGGCCUCUGAUCCCCUCUUUUCUACCAUGUCUCCUGAGGCCUCCAAGGCUAGCAGCCGGCGAAGCAGCUUCAGCAUGGAGGAGGGCGACGUUCUGUGACCCUGGCUGCCCCCGUGCCAAGGAGCAGGGCUGCCUGGGAGCUGGGAGGACUGGGCAGAGCCCUCCCAUCCUUCAGGCUGCACUUGGUGUGAAGUAGCUGCCUCUCUCCUUCCCCUUGGUUGCUCCCCCCCACCCCUGUUUGGACUUAGUGCCUGCCUGGCAGUCGACGGGGCUGGAAAGCUCUCCCCUCGGCUUCGGGCCCCCUCCUCUGGCGGCAGUCCUAUGAUGGGGAAGGACAGGGGUGAGGCAGAAGAGAAAUAAGAAGAAACCCUGCUAGGGGAGCCCCUCUCUUCUGAGCCUGGGCUUUCCCAUGAAGGGCAUUUUGGAGAAGGGGGUACAAGUACCUCUGAGGCAGCAGCUGGUCUGGGGGUGCCCAGGCCUGCCUUCCUGGGACUAGAUGGCACCCAGCCUGUCCCCCCAGCCUGAAUUUCCCCACAAGUGGGCACCCACCCCCAUUUGGUGCUAACAGCUCUCCCCUGGUGGUAUGAGGGUGGGGUGGCCAGAAGAGGAGUCUGGGUUCAGGGUGGUGAGCACUCCCACCCCCAGACCUCCCACUUUGUGCCUUUAGUAAACACUGUGCUUUGUA